CCGAGACUAUCUAUAAGGACCGUGGUGAAUACUACUAACAUCCAAAUUAUUCGCUCUUGCUACCACGCUUCUGAUCUUCUUGACCGAAACAGAAUGCAAGACCCUCAGUUUUCCAUUCCUACUGUAGAUGUAUCCUACUAUCUGGAGGACUCAGGCUCGUCGGAGGCAAGAGAUGUGAUUCAACAAGUUCGGCAUGCAUGUAGAACAAGUGGCUUCUUCCAGAUCACGGGUCAUGGUAUUCCAGCAGAGUUGCAGCAAGAAGUAUUUCAGGCUGCUGAACUAGUCUUCAGCCUUUCCACCGAAGAGAAGAUUGAACUGCUCGGUAAAAAUGGCAGAGGCUACGAAAUCCUUGGGGGACAAACACUUCAGCCGGGGGCUAAGCCAGAUCUGAAAGAGGGUUACUUUGUAGGACCCGAUCUUGCCCCCAACGUGCGGCCGCCCUUUCGCGAUUUCCAGCAUCCAAAUAUCUGGCCACCUUCGUCAUUGAUCGACCCUUCAAAGUUCAAAACUCCACUCUUAAAAUAUCAAUCACUCCUUGCUGAACUUUCCUUAAAGAUCUUGCAGAUCCUUGCCGAGGGACUCCCCUACUGUGACGCGCAUACGUUCGACAAGUUUGCCACGAAUCCAAUCGCAAAUAUCCGGCUAUUGCACUAUCCACCCCAGCCAAAUCUUGACGACAAAGACCAGCUGGGUGCAGGGGCCCACACGGACUUUGGCGCUAUAACACUUCUUAUGCAGGAUGCAAAUGGCGGUUUGCAGGUGUUGAAUCAGCAAACCAACGAGUGGAUCGAUGUGCCGCCCAAUCCAAGCGCCUAUGUGGUGAAUGUCGGAGACAUGCUUGAUACUUGGACGAAGGGAGAGUACAGAAGCAACGUCCAUCGGGUCAUCAAUCGGAGCGGCACGCAUAGGUAUUCCGUGCCUUUCUUUUUCGACGGGAACGUCGACUACGUCCUUGAGCCCCUAGACGGCAGUGGAGACGGGAAAGGCCCAACUGUUGAAGAAUUUAUGAAAGAGAGAUACAGAAGGACAAAAACAAGCUAGCAUGGCCAUUUAGCUGAGCCGAUCUGUCUUUCCACCAGUAUUGGCCGCGGUAUUUAGACUCGCGUCGAAGCGCUCAUCGGAGAGUGCGAUAGAAUAGCUCGAGACUAUCAAUUGCGCAUAAGAAAUAGCAAGAUCAAACUUUGACCGA